AUGAGAAUCCUCUGUCUUCAUGGCUACGGCACGUCCGGAGCCAUCCUUCGAUCGCAGCUCGACGCCUUCAUCCACAGGGCCGACGCGAGCUACGAGUUUGUCUUCCUCGAUGGCGAAUACGAAUGCCAAAGAGCCCACGGUAUUGGCAAGUUCGCACAGCCUCCUUUUCGAUGCUUCAAUCAAUCCUUUGGCCCCCAUGCCAUCCAGUCGUCCCUUGACCACCUCCAAGACUUCAUUGACGACGAGGGUCCCUUUGAUGGUCUCUUGGGCUUCAGUCAGGGCGGCUCCUUGGCCCUCGCCUACCUGAUUCAGAUGGCCGAAACCAUGGCGGCCAACCCAGGAACCCCGCCCGCAUUCUCCUUCGCAGUCUUCCUCUCUACCAUCGUCGCCUUCUCUCCGGACCCGAAUUUCUGCUCUCACCUCAUCACUGGCCUAGCCCCUAGCGACCGCGAAAACGUCCUCGCAGGCUUUCCCCGCGGCGCCACCCACAAUGACUACGCCGCUCUCACCGGGGCCCCUGAGCGCGCUAUUUUCUUCAGCUCCCUCGGGAAGGUCCUAGAGACAUCCAUCGUCGGUGGCUUCAUCGCACCGGACACGCCUCUUGGCCUCGAAGCGCUGCUACAUUCCGAGUCGGUAGCCACGAACAAUGACAUUGACCAUCUCCCGCGCAUCAUGCAUCCCGUCAUCGCCUCGCCGGCCUGCAGGGUCCCUGUACCAACCGUCCAUGUCGUCGGCGCCCUUGAUGACCCGCUACUGGUCAGCAUGUCGAAGCUGAUGGAGGGGCUCUGUGAGGCAACGCUGACGCGAUCGCUGGUGCACGACGGUGGCCACGAUGUGCCGAGGAAACCGAGAGAUGUGCAGGCGUUAUGGUCCGCCGUCGAGUGGGCUACACGAGAGGCGGCAAAACAGGUGUGCACCAAGAUGGAAAAAACUGCCAGGACGACCCUGAGCACUGCUCGUUAUUCGGACAACUGGUCUUCCAAGGGCGGGUGGUAUCUCGUGUGCGCCUACUGCGCCUGGGAGACGAUCGCUCUGACGCUGUCGACGCUCUACUCCUUCGCGCAGCCAGUCGUGCAGGAGACGUAUGGCGUGGGUAACGUCCAGAUCGUCACACUGGGCCAGUCCAUGCAGAUCAUGGGAAAUAUGCUUGGUGUAUCGCUGCUGAGCCCCCUCUCGGAUGUCUUUGGUCGCAAGACCGUUACGAUAUUCUCCAUGCUGGCUUACUCCGUCCUCAACCUAGGAACAGCAUACGCACCCAACCUACCCACCCUCAUUCUCUUCAUGUUCCUGAGCGGCGCCGCCUGGUCAACCUCCCUCUCUCUCGUCCCCGCCGUUUUCAGCGACCUGUACCUAGACAGAGACGACAUUGGCCAGCCCAUUGCACUCUUUGUCAUUGGUGCCAGCGUCGGGCCCACCCUCGGCGGUGUCGUUGCCACGGCUCUCAUGGACGCUGGGGCUGAUCUCAAAUGGUACUUUUUGAUCACUGUCUUUGUUAGUGCCGCGUGCGCUAUUCCCAUGUCGUUUGUGCCCGAGUCUCUCAAUGCGGCCCGGGCCGGUGAUGGAAGCAAGGUCACCGGUCCGGUUCCGCAGACUAAGCUUGACGCCAGUCCAACCCCGCGCGGGAGGUGGUAUUUCCUGACGAGGGUUUGGUACCUACUUGCCACAGAGCCCAUCAUCUGGAUCACGGGUAUCUACAACGGCCUUGCCAACGGUGUCUUUGUUCUAACUGUUGGGGGCUCCAUCACGACCCUGACGGAGUUCAAGGGUCUUCCUCUGAUGGAAGCCGCCAUCUCCAUCAUCUUCAUGGCCAUCGGCGUGGUACUCGUAUGGUUCGUCAUGCCUACACAGACCCGCCUCUACAGGGAAGACAAAAAACGACACCACGGCCGCGCCCUCCCGGAGUCAAGACUCCUGCUCGUCCAUGACGUGAUCUGGAUGUUCCCUGCCGCCUUAGCCUGGUCCGCUUUUACAGGCGGCGCCGCGUGGGGUAAAUGGCACCAGGCCGUGACGGGCGGCGUCGUUGCGUUUACAGACUCGUUUCUGUACCAGUGUCUCUUGAUUUACAUUCUGGACUUGUACCCCGAAGAAGCCGCGUCCGCUACGGCGGCCUGGCUGAUACCCUGUUUUCCUGUACAGGCUGCGGCUGUGCACUUUGGUGUCCCCAUGUUCCAGAAGCUCGGCCCGGAGUGGGCUUUCGGUCUGCUGGCUGUCUUUACGGCUGGGUUUGUGGUACCUGGGUUUUACGCGAUCAAGAGGUAUGGACCGGCGAUGCGGGGGAGGUCCCCUGCGACUAAGAAGGGCUUUCGGCUUUGA